AUGAAUCCACAAUCAACAACUAAAAUAAGGCCAGCUAAAAGAUUAAUGGAAGCUAGUGGAAAAUGCUCCUCAGAAGGCUUAGCUUAUGGGAAUUGUGUUCUAAAUAACUAUACUACUAUAAAGAAGGAUUUGUGUGGACAAGAAUUUAUCAAGUUUAAAACCUGUGUUACCAAUCAAUUAGCAAAGAAGUGA